AUGAAGCUUCUAUUCCCAAAGGAGCUUAUUGAUGAGAAUCUAGAAGGAUUCAAGGAGAAAGUGACAAGAACUCUAAAGCUUUUUCCUAAGGCAUUUGUGCCAAGGGACAUUCAUGGAGAGAUUGUCUAUCCAGCUGUGAAUCACCCACCAGAUACUCAUUGCAAGGAGAAAAGACUUGUCUAUCCAAAGCGCUCGACCGCGACACAAAUCCAUCGGCCAUCGGCCCAAAACUUUUCGGCCAAGGAAGCUAGGCUUGAGCAAGCUCUUCAAGCUAGAUGUAGUGAGUACUCACAACUCACCAAGGAGUUCCUCUCCACAGUAGCUCUUGCCUUUCCCAACCACAAUGGAGACCAACCAGCUGGUGAUGGACUCCUACUCUUCAAGAUAGGCGAUGCCAAUGGGCGCAUAUCCAUCUCAGCUCUAUGCCAACUCUUUGGACUUCCCAAUGAGACAGCACAUGACUUCAAGGAGAACUCAAAGAGGAAACAAGCUGCCUUUGCUGAUUGGACACACUUUGCCAAUGAACCAUUCUUGCCUUCAAGAUCAAAGGUGUCUAGAAUCACUCAUCCAGCCAUUCGCUAUGUGCACCGCCUCAUCUCCACCACUUUCCAAUGCAAACAAGAAGCCAACAAGGUCACAACUGAUGAGUUCUACAUCCUCACCACACCAUUCAUCAAGCAUGAGUACAAGGCCAACCUUGGACUUUUACUUGCCAAGACAUUCAUCAAUGUGAGGAAGCUAGCUAAAGACUUGGAAGGCAACAAGAAGCUUUGUGUUCGUUUUGGGAGGCUUAUCACGGCCAUAGUACUGCAUGUGGGGAUUGACAUUCCCAACUAUGAGCCACUACCCAAGCCAACCCCUUUGGAUCUCCAUGCUCUUCAGCACAUCCACUUCCUAAACCGUUGGACUAAAGACCCAACUCGGUUUUGCUAUGAGUUUCCAAUUGGUCCAGCCAACACUUCCCUUGUCUUGCUGCCACAUGAGACAUCCCAAGCCUACGCUCAGGAGUUGUCACUUUCCAGCCCAAUGAGGAAGACUUCUAUGUUCCAUCAAGUGAGAAACCAUCAUUCCCCAUGCUCACCUAUCGCACACUUCAGCAUGCAGUCAAGACUCAACGCCGCCAUCCAAGAACGCCAUGUUCUCACUACUGGCAUGGCGCGCACCAGGCUCUAG